AUGGCCACAAAUUUUAUCCAACCUCCAAUCCCAGCUUCACACGUGUUCUCUUCAAAACCCUGUGCCCUAAAGAUGAUGAAAAUUCAUGGUGCACUCUUGGCCACUCACCAAUGGAACAAGAAGUGCAGCAGAUUUGGGCUCAAUUCUUCUGUUAAAGCAGCAGAACAGAGUUCUGAAUUAGUUGCUGACGAAAAGAUAAUACCAGAAGAAUCUGCCCAGAUAAAAAAAAACCUUUACGAUGCAUUACAAGGCAUCAAUAGAGGCAUUUUUGGAGUCACAUCAGCAAAGAAAACUGAGAUUUUGAAAUUGGUUGAGCUACUGGAAUCUCAAAAUCCUAAUCCUGAACCCACUUCACGCUUAGAAAAGGUUUCUGGAAGUUGGAAGCUUAUUUAUAGCACCAUUACCAUCCUUGGGUCGAAAAGAACGAAACUCGGAUUGAGAGAUUUCAUCUCUUUAGGAGAUUUUGUCCAGUCUAUCGACGUUGUUGAGGGUAAAGCAGUUAAUGCUGUCAAGUUCAGCGCCAAAGGUCUGAAUCUGUUCAACGGACUGCUAACGAUUGAGGCCUCCUUCAAGAUAGCUUCAAAAUCGAGGGUUGAUAUCAGUUACCUUAAGUCAGUGAUCACACCGGAGCAGUUGAUGAAUGUGUUCAGGAAAAACUAUGAUCUUCUUCUCAGCAUUUUCAAUCCGGAGGGCUGGCUCGAGAUAACAUAUGUAGACUCUUCUUUGCGAAUUGGGAGGGAUGACAAGGGAAAUAUCUUCAUCUUAGAGAGAGUCGAAGAUAAUACAUUGUAA